UCCCAUAAAUGUGCACCAAUUUCACUCAAAAUGGCGACGCAGGGUUGUAGUCGAGCUGCAGCUGGUGCGGUCGCCUCGCUCGGGGCUCUCUUGCGCCGCCUCCUCCGCUGACUGCUUGGCGUUGAAGAGCAUCGACUCCGGUUUGGUGGCUUGAGUCUCCGGUCCAUCCGCCAUGCCGACUGUUCUUUGUUACAUUUUGCUGAAGAGGGGCCGCUCAGAUCGGAGUUAAAACCCGGCUAGAGUUUGGGAACGACUCAAAUCCUGGAUCCCUUCUCCUGCCCGGACUGCAUAUGUUAAUAAUGCCUGCUCCAACUGUAUCGCUUAAACCAGUUAAUGUAGUCAUAAUAACGCCGCUGUGUAGCCAGGAGGUCUGAUGCAUUCCUAUGCGUCCCACGUUAAACGCGUUGGCGUAAUGGCUGAGCAGACGCCAGAUGAGUUCAUCUGGUGUGAGGACUGUGGCCAGUACCAUGACUCUGAGUGUCCUGAGCUGGGACCGCUGGUGACCGUCCCGGACUCCUUUGUCCUCAGCCGGGCCCGGUCGUCUUUGCCAAACAGCUUGGAGAUCAGACAUGUGGCUGACGGGGAGGAGGGCGUGUUCGUUCUGCGCCGGCUGGUCAAGAGGACCCGUUUUGGGCCCUUUGAAGCUAAAAGGGUCCCCCAUCUGGAGAAGGAAGGAGCGUUCCCUCUGAAGAUCUUCCAGAAGGAUGGCGUGGUGGUGUGUUUUGACUCCAGCAGCGAGGAAGACUGCAACUGGAUGAUGCUGGUACGACCUGCCACUGACCACAAACACCAGAAUCUGACGGCCUACCAGCAGGACGAUGGCGUGUACUUCAACACCUCCCAGGAUGUGCUGCCAGGAACAGAGCUGAGGGUCUGGUACGGAGCUUUCUAUGCCAAGAAGAUGGAGAAGUCCACACUUAAGCCUCCACUUGAGCCACCGCCACCUCCAUCAGAGACCUCAGAGAAAACUGGCGCGCCCAUGCCCCCAGUGGCUGAAGAACACAAUGCAGGCAAUAUGCUGAGUCACCUCGAUGAGGUGAAGACGGCAACGGUGCUCCCAGUCAACCCGCACCUGCCCCAGGACGAGAGUCCGGUCGGCCCCAACGAAGAGGAGCGUGACCCCCUGGCAGCUCGACCGGGCCCCAAGAGAGGGCAGGGCCGAGGGAGGAGAGCUAAGGGACGCAGGCCUGGAGCUACGGCAACAGCGAGCAAAAACAAAGAAGUGAAGCCCCCGGUGCAGAGCUCAGAGCCGGUGGCCUCCGACGCGGCGGAGGUGGCGUCAGCAGCGGAGAGCAGCAGCAGCCUGCUGAGCGCGCCAGACAGCGGGGCUGUCCUGAAGAGACACAAAGCCAGAGAGCACAAGAGGGUGUACCGCUGCUCCCUCUGCAACAAGGUCUUCCAGAACAGCAGCAACCUCAACAGACACAUCCGAUCUCACGGUGAUAAGCUGUUCAAAUGUGAUGAAUGUGACAAGUUGUUCAGCCGCAAGGAGAGUCUAAAGCAGCACAUCUCUUAUAAGCACAGCAAGAACGUACCUGACCACGAGUACAAAUAUAAAUGCAACACGUGUGAGAAAUCCUUUCGCCUGGAAAAUGCCUUAAAGUUCCAUAACUGCCGGACAGACGACAAGACGUUCCAGUGCGAUAUCUGCUCGCGGUUCUUCUCAACCAACAGCAACCUUUCCAAGCACAAGAAGAAGCACGGCGAGAAGCUCUACUCCUGUGAGAUCUGCAACAAGAUGUUCUACCGCAAAGACGUUAUGCAGGAGCACCACAGGAGGCACGGUGUGGGACCAAAGCACAUGAAAAGAGAGGAGCUGGAGGCCAAUGGAGAAGAAGGGACCAAGUACAGGAAGGAGCCGUCCCCCUGUCCCAUCUGCGGCAAGGUGUUCUCCUGUAGGAGUAACAUGAACAAGCACCUGUUGACUCACGGCGACAAGAAGUACACCUGUGAGAUCUGCGCUCGCAAGUUCUUCCGCGUGGACGUCCUCCGAGAUCACAUUCACGUUCACUUCAAGGACAUUGCCUUAAUGGAUGAGCAGGAGAGAGAGGGCUUCAUCAAGAAGAUCGGCAUUUCAGCGGGCGACAGCGACGAGUCGGACGACGAUGAAGAGGAAGAUGGUCCUGAGCACCACAAGUAUAACUGCAAGAAAUGUCAACUGUCAUUUGCAAAGGGCCGAGAGUACCUGAAGCACAUCAUGGAGCAGCACAAGGAGAGAGGCUACGGCUGCGGGAUCUGUAACCGACGCUUCGCGCUGAAGGCCACGUACAAUGCUCACCUGGUCAUCCACAGAGAGCAGCUGCCCGACCCUGCGGUGCAGAAGUACAUCCAUCCAUGUGAAAUUUGUGGCCGAAUCUUCAAUAGUAUUGGGAACCUGGAACGGCACAAGAUCAUCCACACUGGGGUAAAGAGCCACAGCUGUGACAAGUGUAACAAAUCAUUUGCGAGGAAGGACAUGUUGAAGGAGCACCUCAGGGUCCACGAUGACAUCCGAGACUUCCUGUGUGCAGAAUGCGGCAAAGGCAUGAAGACCAAGCACGCUCUGAGGCACCACAUGAAGCUUCACAAGGGCAUCAAAGAGUACGAGUGUAAAGCGUGCAAUCGCAAGUUUGCCCAAAAGGUCAACAUGCUGAAACACUACAAGAGACAUACGGGUAUUAAGGACUUCAUGUGUGAGCUGUGUGGAAAGACGUUCAGUGAGAGGACGACUCUAGAAACACACAAGCUCAUCCACACAGUGGGUAAGACGUGGACAUGUGCAACGUGCGAUAAGAAGUACCUGACGGAGUACAUGCUGCAGAAGCAUGUGCACCUGACCCACGAGAAGGUGGAGGCCCAGUCGUGUCACCUCUGUGGGACCAAGGUGUCCACGCGGGCUUCCAUGAACCGGCAUCUGCGACGCAAACACCCCGAGGUGGUGUCUGUAAGAAUCGAUGAGUUUGAUGACUUUCAGGAAACCUCGAUGAUUCAUGAUUCGUCUAUCAGCAUCGGGCAGCCCACUUUGUCUCUGGAAAAAGACGCAGCGCAUCCGGAGAGGCCGAGCCGACCUUCCAGACACCCCAAGAAGAAGCAGAGAGUUCAGGCUGAGCCGGAGCUUUCUGAGUCCGACGAAUAUGUUGAUUUCCCCGAGGCGAGGCACGAGCCCAUGGCGGAAUUCAACACCGUCAUCGUCGGUGAGGAGACCGAGACGAGCUCAGCUGUGCAGAGUAUCCAGCAGGUGGUGGUCCUGGCCGACUCCAGCGUUCCAUCGGUCUCUUCACCCAACAGCUCAGUGGGACUGACCAACAUCACCGUCACGCCCAUCACCAGCCACGCCCCCGCCCAGUUCACCAGCCUGCAGCCCGUAGCCGUGGGCCACCUGACAGCCAGCGACCGGCCGCUCACCCUGGACAACUCCAUCCUCACCGUCACCUUCGACACCGUCAGCGGCUCCGCCAUGCUCCACAACCGGCCAGCCGAACUCGUCCCAGAGACGGUGGGCCCUGGCGGAGGCGCAGCGCCCCAGUCAGUCGCCCACUUCAUCAACGUCACCACUCUGGUCAACCCCAUGGGCCACCAGCUGGAGGCCCCGACUCUGGCUUGGAGGCCUGUACCGGCAGCUGAGGCAAGCCAGGUCACCGCCAUGGCGGAGGGGGCUCAGGGGGAGAGUCAGGAGGCCCAGAAUCAAGGCCCCGAGCCAGGCCGGCCCAACCAGAGCCAGCCGCCCACGCCGCAGCAGCAGAGCAGCUCCGGACAGCAGAUGUUCAGCUACUAGAGCAGAGACUGGAGGUGCUGGUCACCUCACAUUGUUAUAUAUUAGAGUAGAUUUUAUCAAGCUGUACAAAGCUUUGAUCACUGUCACCCAGAUGCCUCUCCAGCCCAAUGGAAGUGAAUGAAAUUGUAAUGAUUUUUCUUUUUUUAUACGGACAAAGCAAAGUAGCUGUUCAUUUUUACCAUAAUAUUUAAAAAGAAAAGCAAAAUGGUACAUUUAGCCAAAAUCACUGACACUCCUCUGGAAGAUUUACAUUUCAAACCAAAGCAAUGUUGAAUAUUCAAAUGCCUUACCAGCCUUUUAAAAACAUGCAUGUUUUCAAGAUAAAUGGCACUGGCCAAAUGUAAUAUGAAAAUGUACCAACCUGAAAAAGAAGACCUAUUCGGUGCAGUCUGCAGUUUUAAGAGAAAGCACUUCUGCCAGGUUAUGUGAUAAGUAAUGGUUGGCUCACUCCUGAAAUGUUAUUUUUGAAUGCUGUAAACUGUAAUUAUUGUUGGACUAUCUUGGGGGGAAAGAAAUACUGGAGUUUUUGUACUGUUAUUUUUAAACACAAUACCUCUUUGAAA